GGCUGAAAGUGAUGUACAAGGCGACCAAUCAGGUGCACUCAUCGAAAGCGGAGAACAGAGUGGGGAAGUGAUACCUCAAAUAGCAUCCGCUAAUCUUAUCUAAUUACGACACGGGUCAUAUCAACAUCACCCUUAUUAGGCAGUGUCCGUACUUUCCUUUCUUCUUCAUCCACUUCGGAUUGUUCCCUCGCGGCCCUCCAUGGACCUUAUAAUCGACAAGCCUCUUUGGCCCCAUUAGCAACCUAUUAAUUCGUCAAUAAUAAUUGUCUCCUAAUAUGCGCUUCGAUUACGCGCUUUCAGAUUUAUCGCGGUCGCGCAUUAGCCGGAGCCUUACGGUGCUGUACUGUGCGGCACGAUAAUGCCAUCCAUGAUAUCACUCAAUUUAAUACCUCUUGUACUAUUGUAAUACCAUGACGACAAAAAGCAACCUUGUAUUCCGCAUCGUCUACAACUCUAUUUACUUCCUCUUAUGUUGUCUCCUUGCCGCCCUACUUCUCGUCGUACCUGGCGACUUUGUUCGUCAGGUUUUAGUUGCCUCUAAACAAUACAUCAACCUAAUCGUCCUUGCGAUAGUCUUCGUCAUCACUGGUCUCAUUAUCCUGUUCGUCUACUCGCUGAGGCUUUAUGUGACCCGGACGGUGCUAGCUUCCAUACCGAAGACAUGGAUACCUACCGAGAAAGGAGAUUGCCCCAAAGAGGUACGCAAGAUGAUUGCCACUGACCUCAGCCGGAGUGCUGCUAUCGCUUGGGGUGCUUACCCAAAGGUUAUCGCCCCGGCUACUCGAGCACCAUCUCUCGGGGGUAAAGCAGAGGAGGUCUUGACCGAAGGCAACGUGAAGGAGGAAAGGAAGUCUCUUCAGCUAUUUCGGUCCAAGCCGCCCACAACUGUCGAAGAGAAGAUGGGUAUCUUGCUUCCAUCCCUACGACCCGUAUGGGGUGAGGUUGAACAUGAUGGCUGGGGCUCACCGGAUUCACCGGACUUGGCCAAUCUCCAGUACAGCAAUGUCGUCGCUGAGCUACCGAAUCUAAUCGAAGCAAAGGCUGUCACACAAGCACCCCCAGACCCAGAGUCAGCUGCAAUCCCGCCGACACUUGAUGCUGACGCUGUCGCCCUUCUUCGGCGUUCUCCUAACAUGACGAUGAGGGACUAUGUUACUCAUCUCAUAAGCGUCGGCGUGCUACCCAGCUCUCGAGAUGCGUUCAGUUUCGUUGACAGUUAUGAACGCGCCCGCUUUUCCACUCGGCCCCUGUCUAACGCACAAUUUCGGCAGCUAAUGCAUCUCUUUGCGGAGCUCUUGCGCUCAAUACGGCCUCUGGAUACUGGUUCCAUAUAUCACGGUACCGAUGACGCCUAUUCAGAAAGUGAUGGGCAUAUUGACGACGACGCGCCUAACACUACCCCUACCACUCCAGCGCGAAGCAACUCUAGCUCCCUGAGUCUAAGGAGCGGGAGUAGCAUCCGGUCACGUGCGCGUAAGCCGAACCUUGCUGCUCGUAACUCGUCUUCUCAUACUUGGAACCAAUACCGUACCGCACCCACGACUCCGAGAAGCAAGGCGGGCGGUAAAGGCCUUUCGCACACAUCUAGCACGAAUAGCGGGAGCAGCUUUGCGCAGGCGAGGCUUAUGUACUCCGCGAGUCAUACUUCAAGCUCGAGUCUAAGGUCGGCUUCCCAGACGUCUGUCAUACGGCUCGCGACUAGGGAGGACCGUGGCGACUUGCCUUAUGUGUUGAGGGUUGGAGAGGCCUACUGACCUCUUGCGGGAUAGAAUGUGUUGGAGUAAAGGGGCAUCAAGGAAAAUGAAAGGUUGCAUUGGGUCGGCGUUAGAUCCACCUCGGAUUCGAACGGUUUGUAUAUGAAAUUUUGAUAUUGCCUAAUAUAAUCUUCCUUUUCCAAGUCAUACCCUAUUGUCUGAACUUAUGAUACAUAUGCAGCUUACUUAAUGCGACUCAACGUACCCACGGCCGCUCAUGCACAUCAUGGCAUGACCCAUAUACGAUAUGACCCCAUACAGAUCCAAAAUCUCGAUUCAGACUCUCGACGCCAGACACCACAUUCUCAUUAUUGACAAUUGAAUUGAAGCUCUCAUGAUGUCGUCUCAUUUCCGAGUUAAGUGAAGAAUCUCACCUAUAAUU